GUGAAUUAUAUAGCCAUAUGACCAUGAAUGUAGUCUUGUUUUCCAACGUGAGCGAAAACGUGUUUUUGUUUUGAUAUGGUUAGAAAACGACACAGACAUUCGUUGAUACUGUAAAAACCAGCUAUGCAGCAUGAUGAUGUUAUCUGGAGUAUCAUCAAUGGUACCUUUUGCUCAUUUAAAGUGAGAACAAAAUCACAGAAGUUCUGUCGGAAUGAAUACAGCUUGACGGGGCUGUGUAACCGAUCGUCGUGUCCACUGGCCAACAGUCAGUAUGCCACUGUGCGUGAGGAGAAGGGUGUGUGCUAUCUGUACAUGAAGACCGUGGAGAGGGCGGCCUUUCCAAGCCGGUUAUGGGAAAAAGUUAAACUGUCAAGGAGUUAUGAAAAAGCUUUGCAACAAAUCAAUGACAACCUUAUUUAUUGGCCAAAGUUUAUAAAGCACAAAUGUAAACAGAGGUUUACAAAGAUAACUCAGUACUUGAUCAGAAUUCGAAGAUUAACGUUAAAAAGACAAAAGAAAUUAGUGCCAUUAAGUCGGAAGAUUGAAAGACGAGAGAAACGAAGAGAAGAAAAAGCUUUGGUUGCAGCACAACUAGACACAGCUAUUGAAAAAGAAUUACUUGAAAGGCUCAAGAAAGGAACGUAUGGGGACAUCUACAACUUCCCGACUCAUGCGUUUGACAAGGUGAUCGAGGGGGAGGAAGUGGAUGUGGAAAGCGAGUCUGAGAGAGAGGAUGAGAAAGAGGGGGAAGAAGAAUCGGAGGAUGUGUUGGAGAAAGAGAUGGAAGAAGAAGAUGACGACGAAGAGGUUGGUGAAGUGGAAUAUGUGGCAGCUGAAGAUUUUGAAGAAAGCGACGUGUCCGAUUUGGAGGACAUGGAUGAAGAAGAUUCUUCUGAUGUAGAAUCGUCUUCAGAGGAUGAGAAAUCGAAAAAAUUAUUACAAAAGAGAAAGAGAUCCCAUGUUGAAAUUGAAUACGAGCAAGAGACAAAUAGACCCUCCACUUCAAAAGUGAAAGCAGUUUCAUGAUGAUACCCAAAAACAAUACAUGUUUAAAAACAAAACAAAAAACUGAACAUCCUUGCCUCAUUCAGAUGAGUACCAGCAAGUACCGGUACCAAAAAAACAUCAGGAAAAACAGAAAUGAUCUGAACAGAAAAUAAAAAACAUUUGUAUUUUAACUUUUAUAAUUAGUUCAAGCCGAAAUGACAUUUCAUACAGUAUUCAAGUAGAAUACUGAAGUACAGAAUAUAAACAUACAAUUAUGAAUGUAAGAAAUGUAUUUUUUUCUUCUUUUUUUUUUUACAUUUAUGUGUGUAAAUAUUAUAGAAUUAAGAUACAUUGCCACUUUUAGUUUAAUGAAUAAUUUCCUAAUCCUUCAGUUUUAAAACAGUCUGAAUAUGUAUUAAAGCAACUAUUAAAACUUAAAAGUGGAAAUUUCGAAAGUACUAGUCAUAGGAACUUGAAUUGGACAAGCUGAUUAGGAAACAUACUGAAAUAUCAUUGGAUUGUGACCAAAUUACAUGGGAAAAAAAAAAAUGAUAUAAAAAAAUGUAAAUUUUAAAA